AGAUUCAGGAUCAAAUGAAGGACAGACGGUCGUCCCGGUGGUGGAUGGAGUUGGUUCCAAUGGAUGCGGAAUAGCCGUUUACUAGUCAUCCUCUUGGCCAAGGCCUUGGCUCAGAAGCGGUUCCGCUCUCUUCAGGAGGUCACUGCCACCAGCAGUACCUCCACAGCGACCACCACCAGUGACCCCUGCAUACUGGCACAAACUGCAUGUGACUGUGCAGAUGGUGGAAUCUGUGGAUGGAGUGCCUUCGCUGAUGGAGGUGGUAUUUGCCAUAAUCGAGGUAGACCUACGGAAAUCGAUUGCUUUCUUUGCGAGAGGCAGCAGAAAUGUGCUUCGACGAUGUGCCCUCAAAUGGACAAUGCCUGCACCUGUGCAGCAGCUGCGGGUUGUGCUUGGGACAUGGGUUUCGGUCAAUGUGUCGCUUCCACCGAAGCCACGGACUGCCGUGCUUGUCCCUCACGUGCGGGGUGUGACUUGGACCCACCGGUGCUCUUCCAGAAUGGCUUCAGCCCUGCGAAUGGAGGCUCCCACAGCUCCGGCUCUGAUCUGCGGAUUGUCUUGCAGUUUAACAAGGUAGUGACCUGGUGUCCUGGCACCGUCGGGGACGAUGCAAGCUUUUGGUGCUCUGGAACUGUCAUGGACGAGGUGGUUCCACGGACGUACAUGCAGUUCUCCACUGCAUCCUUGACCAUUGAUAUGUCUUGGUACUUGUCUCAAGUAGCUCUGGAAAGCGAAAGGACCUGUGGCAUUGCCAUUGGCAUAGGAAAGAUUUGCGACGAGGACAACAUCGCCUUUGGAGGACUACCGAAGGGCGACUACAGUUUCCAGCUACUGGACGAAGUCGGCCCCACUCUGGUGAACUUUGAUCCUGACAGCAUGUCUGUCCCAGUGCCGCUGGACGGCUCGGUGAAUCUGCUGUGGAGUGAGCCGAUUAUCCUGAAUCCUGCUCGGCCACAAGCAGAGUUAAGCAGGUUGGAGGUGGACAACACGGGUGCGACCACCGUGGUACAGAGCUUUUCCAUCCCGCUGAAGGAGCCCGAAGCGGAGAUCAUCUCAUCUUCCCUGCUGAGGAUUUAUUUGAAUGGCCUCCUCAGAUCUGGCAAGAUCUACACCCUGCAGCUCCCAAAGGGUGCAGUGACGGACUUGGCUGGAAACUUGGGGGAAGGCCUUCCUGCACAGGCCUUCAAUUUCCGCGCGGCAACUGCAGGAACGGUCCCAUCGACCCAAGUUCCAACCAGUAGCAAUGCUGUGGGAAUCGUGAUCUUGGUUGUUUGCGUGACUGUCUUUUGCAUCCUCGCGGGCGGGAUUGGGCUGGUGAAGCUCUGUAGCUCACACGCGGAUGCCUUACAUAGCUUUAUGCCAAAGAUGCCUAAACCAAAAGCACGCAACCCAAGCCGUGCAGUGGAGCCUUCCCAAACGGACACCAAAGCUCAAUUUGCAGCAGCCGCUGCUGCAGCAGAGAAUGCUGCGUACCGUGCGGCUGCCGCAGCCGAGCGCUUGCGCGGAGACGAUGACACAAAGCCUGCCACAAGUGCAAGUGCUUCGUGGGCGCAACGACCGAGCAAGGCUCCCAGCGCAAACCCAAAGGCUGGACCCAAAGUUCAUCCAGAGAGAGAUGGCUUCAAUGCUGGCCGUGCACGGAGAUCAACGGCGCCCACUGGAGAGAGCCAAGGCCCGGGACAUGGGGGCAACGAAAGCAACAAGGCUCCUCCGCCGGAGAGCAACUUGCCUCCAGAGGUGAAGGCAGUUGAAAAGAAAUUGCACGAUCUAAUGGACGAACCUAUUGCCACCAGACGGAAGCUCUUCAAGGAGCUUCUGGUGGAGUAUCACCCCGACAAGAAUUCUUCUCCGCAUGCCAAAGAAGUUUUUCAGUAUGUGAACAAUGCUCGAAGCUGGUUCCUGGUUGAGACCUGAGAAGGCGGACAGUUAGACCGACCUGUUGAAGUGGCUUGCUAUACUGGACGUCCGUCGGAAGCAUUUCAAAGGUAGAUUCUCAACAAAAGAAUCGCUUUUCAAGGGGCAAAUGCUGAUUUUGUUCCAACCAGGACACCUGUGACAUUUUCCGGUCACAGGAUGUGGCCAUUGUCCAUGUUUCACCCUAUCUCUACAGGAGAAGAAACCAAGAGAUUGCCAUGCCUGACACUUCACAUGUAUUUCUCCCUGUCUGCAAAUGC